AUGGACCCUAAACCUAAACUAAAUUAUAAUUCAUUUGAAAGCCUUGUUCUUAGUCUUUCUCACCCAAACUGGAAAACACUGCAGCCAGUUCUAUUUGUUAUAGUGUACCGCGCUCCUGGACCGUACUCUGAUUUUAUAUCUGAAUUUUCAGAGUUUCUAUCAAGCUUAGUCCUUAAAUCAGAUAAAGUAAUUAUUGUAGGUGAUUUUAAUAUUCAUGUGGAUGUUGACAAUGACAGCCUUAGUAAUGCAUUUAUAUCAUUAAUAGACUCAAUUGGCUUCUGUCAGAGUGUAAAUAAACCAACUCAUUGUUUUAAUCACACUCUUGACCUUGUUUUAUCAUAUGGCAUUGAUAUUGAACAUUUAAUAGUCUUCCCACAUAAUCCUUUCCUAUCUGACCAUUAUUUAGUAACUUUUGAAUUCAUACUAUUAGAUUAUAAGCCAUUAGGCAAAACUUCCUACAGCAGAUGUCUAUCUGACAGUGCUGUAGCUAAAUUUAAGGAGGAGAUUCCUUCAGUGUUUAAUUCAAUGCCAUGUCUGAAUUUAACAGAGUCCUAUAACAACUUUAGUCCCUCUGAAAUUGAUAAUCUUGUCGAUAGUGCUACAGGCUCACUACGAUCAACAUUAGACUCUAUCGCUCCUAUAAAAAGGAAAUUAUUAAAACAUAGGAGACUAGCACCUUGGUAUAACCACCAAACCCGCCAGUUAAAGCAAAUAGCUAGGAAAUCUGAAAGGAAAUGGCGCUCUUCCAAAUUAUCAGAAUAUCGCUCAAAUUGGCAAGAUGAUCUUAAGAUUUAUAGAAAGGCCCUCCGUAAUGCCAGAGGAGCCUAUUACUCAGCACUAAUUGAAGAAAAUAAGAACAACCCUAGGUUCCUCUUCAGCACUGUAGCCAGGCUGACAGAGAGUCACAGCUCUAUCGAGCCACAUAUCCCCAUAAACUUAAGUAGCAAUGACUUCAUGAGCUUCUUCUAUAAUAAAAUUAUUACUAUUAGAGAAAAAAAUUAA